AUUACAAUUAAUCGACUGGCAAAGUGAAUCAGAAUGAAAUUAACGAAACCCAAUUGAUUUGCAAAACGGUAAAAAAAAGUGAAUUGUUAAAGUAAUUAAAAGCUAAGCAGCAAAGAUACAGCCAAACACUCUCUGCGUGCGUCGCAGUCAAGUCUAGCGUGCGUUUUGGCCACCAGUAAACGGUUUUUACGCGAAGCUAAGCCAAGCUAAAGAAAAACAAAGCCAUGUCCUCGCUCUCGGCCUCAGCUGAAAAUGUGUCCACAAUGGGCAUUGGUGGUGGUCCCGAUUCCAAUUCGCAUCACGGCUCCGAUGGCAGUUCCAGCAUGUGUCUGGAGCUGGCUUUGGAGGGCGAACGUCUGUGCAAGGCAGGUGAUUGUCGGGCGGGCGUUGCCUUCUUCCAGGCAGCGAUACAGGCAGGCACCGACGAUCUGCGCACGCUAUCUGCCAUCUAUUCGCAGCUGGGCAAUGCAUAUUUCUAUUUGGGUGACUAUGCCAAGGCCAUGCAGUAUCACAAACACGAUCUAACGCUGGCAAAAUCCAUGAACGACAAACUGGGUGAGGCCAAAUCCUCUGGCAAUCUGGGCAAUACACUUAAAGUGAUGGGUCGCUUCGACGAGGCGGCCAUUUGCUGUGAGCGUCAUCUGACGCUUGCUCGUCAGUUGGGCGAUCGCCUAUCCGAGGGUCGGGCACUCUACAAUUUGGGCAAUGUCUACCAUGCCAAGGGCAAGCAUCUGGGCCAGCGUAAUCCGGGAAAGUUCGGUGACGAUGUCAAGGAGGCUUUGGCCAAAGCCGUUGAAUUCUAUCAGGAGAAUCUGCAGCUUAUGCGCGAUCUGGGCGAUCGUGGUGCUCAGGGUCGCGCUUGCGGCAAUCUGGGCAACACCUACUACUUGCUGGGCGACUUUCAGGCAGCCAUUGAGCACCAUCAGGAGCGCUUGCGUAUUGCACGCGAGUUCGGGGAUCGCGCUGCGGAACGUCGUGCUAACAGCAAUUUGGGCAACUCGCACAUAUUUCUGGGUCAGUUUGAGGAUGCGGCUGAGCAUUAUAAGCGCACGCUAGCGCUGGCCAUGGAGCUGGGCGAGCGCGAGGUGGAGGCCCAAUCAUGCUAUAGUUUGGGCAAUACUUACACGCUGCUCCAUGAGUUUACCACGGCCAUUGAGUACCAUCAUCGACAUUUGGCCAUUGCACAGGAGCUGGGCGAUCGGAUUGGUGAGGCACGCGCCUGCUGGUCUCUGGGCAAUGCCCACUCGGCCAUGGGCAAUAACGAAAAAGCGCUGCAGUUUGCCGAAUCGCAUCUGCAGCUGGCCAAGGAGCUGCGCGAUCCGGUGGGUGAGAGCACGGCACGCGUUAACAUUUCAGAUUUACGCAAGCUGCUGGGCAUGCCGGAGGCGGACCAUACCCCCACACAGGAUGAGGAGCGCUCAAGCGCUUCGGAGCACUCGGCCAGCGGGCAUCAAUCGGAUGGCUCAGAGAGCUCUCAGGGACGCAUGGUGCGCGUGCGUCGCCAGAGCAUGGAACAGUUGGACCUUAUCAAGAUUACGCCAGAUGGCAAACGUUUGCAGGAGGAGAAGCACAAGGCGGCCAGUGCCGCACACACAAAAGCCAAAGAGGACGAUUUCUUCGAGAUGCUCUCACGUUCACAGUCCAAGCGCAUGGACGAUCAGCGCUGCUCCAUUAAAAUAAACAGCGCAGGCGCCGUCGCUGCUGCUGCCACGGGCGCCACUCGCAAGCCGCUGGUGCAGCAGAACUCGCUGUUUGUGGAUCCCACCAAUUUGCCGGGUCUGAAGUCGCCCUCGUCUGGCGUGCCGCCGGCCAUAGGUCAUGCACCGCUGUCACGCAGCGCCACAACCACACAACAGCCGGAUGAUGCAUUUCUGGACAUGUUGAUGCGUUGCCAAGGCUCGCGUCUGGAAGAGCAACGCUCCGAGUUGCCGCGCGCACAUGUCACCAUGGAUGCGGAGGCGCCACAGAUGCAGCCGCCCGCAGCUGGAGCGGCUGCCGCAGGCGCACAUGCUCAGUCCGGACCACGCGGCACCACGGUGCCGGAUGAGGAUUUCUUUUCGCUCAUUAUGAAGGUGCAGAGCGGUCGCAUGGAGGAUCAGCGCGCGUCCAUACCCUUUGGUGGUUUUAGCAAUGCGCAGCGAAAUGCCCGCAACAACAACAACAAUAACAAUGCCGGAGGAGCUGGUGCUGCCAAGUAGAUGCAUCCAAUUGGGCUGUCCAUUUAGUCAGCUGCUGCUGCUGCUGCUCGCUCUCUUCAUUUAAUUUUUGUAUCAUUUGUCUGCGCACAUUUGGGCCAUUUGGUCGCUUGGCUAACACAUUUGUUGUAAGAUUUCUGCGUAACAAUUUUAUUUAUAGCCACUAAACAAGUAACCAAAAAUAUUAUUUUAACGCAUCGCUCUUCCAUUUGGAUGCAUUUGUAAAACACACAAAACACACACACACACAAAGUUGUACAGUGAAAGCUCUGCUAGCGAACAGCUGCCUUGGGGCAUAGAUUUUAUUUGGUUAGUCAAACUUUUCCUUUUAUUUAUUUUUCUUGUGCAAAAACGUUUCUUGAAGCGGACAAGCAACUUUUCAACGAUAAAAACUUCACCUAAAUUUGUCUUAAAAAUUGAAAAAGCCAGCUAGAAAUCUGGCAACCAAAAUUGAAGUCUUAAACAUUUUGAUUUAAAGUAAUUUCUUUAUCAUAGGCGCAUGCGUAUAAAGUUUGUAAAAUAAUUUUCAAUACUAUUAUGACUCUCUUUGAGCUCAAGUUUUUUCGCUAAAGCGAGCUUUGACUGUAUUUCAGUUAUAUACUUAUAUCUAGCACGCACACAUAUGUAUACAAUUAUGAUAUUUAGCCAUUUUCUCAAAAGCAUGCUUCUUAAACCAAAAGAAAAACAACACGAAAUUUUAAAGAUAUUAAUGUUUGAAUUGCAUGUAACUAGUUAUUAAGUACAAAAUAGUCCAAAUAACAAUAGAUUAAACAUACAUUACAUACAUUCAUUAUUAUUUUGCCAAAACUGUAGAGCUUAGCGCUAAACUUUUGCCAAUUGUUACAAAUCUUAACUAUACGAACUUGAACAAACAUUCACACGUACAUAUAAGCAAUGGCAUUUUCAAAGCGAAAAAAUGAAUGAAAAACCUUUUCCAAUUGUAACUAUGAGUAUUGCAUUUUUUUCUACUAAAGAACUUACAUACAUAAUCUUAUAUAUAUAAUAUCAUUUUUUGAUUUCAUUUAAAUUGUUUCUUUUUGAGCGGUUCGUUCGGUGUCUGUUCUUUAAGAUCCAGAGCCGUUUUAGCAUAUAGCAGACUCUACAAAUAUAUUUAUAUAUAUAUAUAUAAGAGUAUAUAUAUACAUACAAUACGAAUACAGAUAUCUUUAUAGUUUACACACACAGAA